GCCAAAUAGCAAUCAGCUCUUAGAAGAAACUUAGGAAGUGUUAUUUUUAUUUCAUUUGUUUGAUCCAAGAAAAGUCAUCUUCGAGCAGCAAUGGCCGAAAUAGAGGACACCCACUUCGAAGCCGGAGAUUCCGGUGCAUCAGCAACUUUUCCAAUGCAGUGUUCAGCACUGCGUAAAAAUAGUCACGUAAUGCUUAAGGGACGUCCAUGCAAGAUUGUCGAAAUGUCCACCUCCAAAACUGGCAAACAUGGACACGCCAAGGUACAUCUGGUCGGUAUCGACAUCUUUUCCGGCAAAAAAUACGAAGAUAUUUGCCCAUCCACUCACAACAAGGACGUACCACAUGUUAAGCGCGAAGACUACCAGCUCACUGACAUUGAUGAUGGCUUCUUAGUUCUCCUGAAUGACAACGGCGAUUUACGUAAAGAUCUAAAGAUUCCAGAUGGUGACUUAGGAACCCAGCUACGCGCUGAAUUUGACGGUGGCAAGGAAUUAGUUUGUACCGUUCUUAAAUCAUGCGGCGAAGAAACUGUGAUUGCCAUCAAGAACAACACAGCUGCUGAUAAAAACUAAUACCUCGCCCGUUGCUUACUACAACAUACUGCGAAUUGCAAGCCCACAACACACAGUUAAGAGUAAUCAAAAUACAAAAAAGUGCAGCAAAAUCCAACUACUAUUUACUACUAUUGAGUUACAUAACAAAAAAUUUGCGCAGUCAAGACAGAGGAACCUAUUUCAGAAAAAAGAUGUUCCUCCACUUCUAUUAACAACUUGAGAAACAAAACCAAACAAAUGAUCAGAUUAAUUAACAGCAAGAACACGAACACACACAUAGUUACAACUCUUAGUAUACAGCUAUUAAUGCAGAUUAAAGGAAAAUCAAUAUUAGGAUAAUAUUUUCUGGUAAAAGUAAUCGAACGAGGUGGAAAGAAAGACCCAUUACGUAGGAACAAAAAUACUCACUCAAAAACAAAAAAGCGGCUUUCACGAAACGAGAGACACAACCAAUCCAUGCCGUGUGCAGAGAAUGAGAGAGAGAGAGUUACAGACAGAAAGAGAAGAGCGUGUUCAGCGUUGGUAUGAACAAGAGAGAAAGUUCCAUUUUUUGUAAACUGCUAAAACAAAAAAACCAACGCUAGAAAGGUAAAAAUCGAAACAUUAUUA